AUGCUAAGUUAUUAUCGCCAGCUCUCAAUAUUAUCUAGAUCACUAAACCGUGGUUAUAGGCCGGCUACAUCAUCGCCUCGGUGGUUCUCGUCGUUGCAUCAGAAUGUGUCGCCAAGAAUCCAGGUUAGAGCACCAUCACCAGUGGCGCGAUUGAUUUCCAUUAGAUCUCUUUUCAUUAGAACAGUGGAGACUCCGAACGAAGAUGCUCUUAAGUUUCUUCCGUCAGUACAAAUCUUGCCAGAGACAACAUCACAGACUUUGGAAUACCUUUCUGGCAGGGAUGCGUUCAAUUCUCCACUUGUACGGAAAUUAUUCACGAUUGAUGGGAUCUCGUCAGUAAUGCUUGGUCCUAACUUCAUCACCAUUGAGAAGUCUCGUGACUUGGAUAUUGACUGGGCCAUUCUUAAACCAGAGAUUUUCAGCACUCUCACAGACUUUUUGAGCUCUGGGGAACCGAUCAUUGACCCCGAUGCCAUCAUGGAAGAGGAUGUGGGGUUCAAUGAGGAAGAUGAUGAAGUGGUUGGUAUGAUCAAAGAGCUUAUGUUCACGAGAAUUAGACCUGCUAUCCAAGAGGAUGGUGGGGAUAUUGAGUUUGUCGAGUUCAGAGAAGAUUCUGGAACUGUGGUUAUCAGAUUAAGGGGGGCUUGCAGAAGCUGUGAUUCUAGCUCUAUUACUUUAAAAAACGGGAUUGAAGCUAUGUUGAAGCACUACAUUGAAGAAGUGCAAGAAGUUAUUCAAAUGGAAGAGCAGACUGAAGAAAAGGUUGAAAAAGAGGAACCUAAACCAAGUGGGUUGAAUCUCCUGCCAACUAAAAGAGUUGGAGCAGAAGAAGAAGUCCCACCUAUUUUAUAA